AUGGCAAACAAGUUUGGAUUAGGGUCUUUACCUCUAGAAUCUAAAAAUGCCAUGAGUUCUACGGCGUUUAUAAACAAAGCGAAACCUUUUUUCGUGGAUCAAAUCGGAGACACCUUACAAGGGGAUAUCGAUAUGAACAAUUUCAAAAUAACUAAUUUAAAGUUUCCAGGAAACGAUAACGAUGCCGUGAACAAGAAAUAUUUACUGGAUCAAAUAAACGCAAUUCAAAUAGAUAAGGACCAUGUUGAAAAUAGAAUAAAUGACGUGAAAAGAUUCAUCAGACGAAAUAUUAAAAAUCUUGUGGACGAACCCAAACUACAACAAGAGUUAACGAGUUUGAAACGUCUUAUUCAAGUGGAUAAAACAAGUCAGUUGAUAUCUAAAUUAGACGAUAAGAUUACGAAGGUAAAAAUAGACGUCCAACGUUUAAUAGACAACCCAAAUGUAAACGAGGAUAGAUUGAAACGAAAACUAUCCGCUUUGGAAAGAAAACUUGGCGAAUUGCUAGCAGAACUAGACAAGACCGCGGACAAAACCGAGUUACAAAAUUCGAUAUCCAAUUUGAACGAAAAGAUCGCGAAGCAAAAAUCAGAUGUUCAAGAUAUAAUUAACACACUUCCCAUUGACAAAGAUACGUUGAAACAACAAUUGACUGCUUUGGAUACUAAAAUCACGGACGAAUUAGAAAAAGAAGUGGGUGUGAUUAAAAACUUUCUUCAAAAUAAAUUUCGAGAUGAUAUGAAAAAUUAUAUUAAAGAACAGGUCAAUCUUUUGGUAUCUAGAAUUCAUGACGAUUUUUUGAGACAAGAGAAAAAGUUGAGCAAAUUAGAAGCUAUUGUCACGGACAAAUCGUAUUAUUUCAAUCUUCCAUUCGAAAGUGACACUGUCUUCGAUAGAAAAGAUCAAAUUUAUAAAUCAAACAAAUACGGAUUCAAAGCAGAAAUAAAAGUAGGUACUCUCGCAUACGGAGAACCGAAAAACGUAUUCGAUAUCGGCGAAACGGAAGCGUGUACUUUUCGAGGUAAUUGUCUGAUUCAAAUAGAGUUUCCCAUGAAGGUUAAAGUCAAUAAAGUAGUCUUCAAACAAACCGGUAAGGGCGUCAAACAUAUUUCAUUAUUCAAUGAUGGUAAUUUGGAAGAGAAUAUACGUUUGAUUGAUAAAAGGGAUCAGGAAAUUGAAACGAAAAAUGGUAAAUAUGUAGACACCCUUAAAAUGGAAGUAGAAAAUGAUAAGGAUAUCAUUGGAAUCAAAGAUUUGGAUAUGAUAUUGGAGACGAAAAAUCCACCAUUAACCAACAUUGUCAAAAUUCCACCAUACGAAAAAAGAAAUGUCGUUAGUACGCGUAAAUGUUUUUACUUUUAA